AUGUCCGGACAGUCCAAGGAAAUGGCGUACACCUUGGAGUAUCCGUCCGAGAAGCUGAGCUUUCGCCACCACUUCUCCUCUCUGUUGCUGAGCGGCGACUGGUCCCUGACUUUGUUGGAGCUUGGUAGUUUGGGGCCGCUGGUGGCUGCAGCCUGCCUUCUACCCGGUGAGAAGGUGAAUGCGAAGGGGUCUUGGACUUUGAAAGAGCUGGCUGCCUUCCUUUGCACGAAGGCUGCUGUGACACGUCUUUACAACACCUACCUUGAGGCCGUGUUCUUCACCUUCCCACGUUUCCGCACGCAGCCUCCCAACGAGCAUGCGCUAAAGGAGAAGAGAGACCUUUGCGGCAGAGACAUGGAGCAGUUGCAGACCAUCCUUUUCCAUGAUCGUCUAACCCUGCUCAGCCAGUUCGCUUUCAAUGUCGGUCUCUAUUAUGCUAUUCCCGGCUACUACCCACCGGCUGGCAAUGUGGCACCUCUUCAUGAGCGUGUGCUUCGUCUUGUAUCCAAUCACUACCUCAUGUCCUUCGGCAUGUACUGGAUGCAUCGAGCUCUUCAUGUGGUUCCAUUCCUUUGGGAGAAGAUCCACUCCUACCACCACUGGGCCAAGCACCCCUUGUCCCGCAACACCUACGACGACCACUGGCUGGACAACCUCGGCAAUGCCGUGGUGGGUCAUUUCUGUGCGCAGGCCCUCCUUCCCCUUGACCACGGGACCUUCUGGUUCUCACACAUCUUCCGCAUCUUCGAGAGCUUGGAGAAGCACUCUGGUGUGAGCUGUGGCUUCAACUUGGCCCACCAGUUGCAGAGGUACUUUCCCUUUGCGCAGAUGCCGCACCACCACGAUUGGCAUCACGAAGGGCACAAAGGUUGCAACUACACCUUCAGCUCAAUCGGCGGUCUCUGGGACUGCGUUUUCGGCACGCGGAAAGUGGGCCGGGCCCUGGAGAUCAUGCCCUCACAGGCGACCUACAGGGACAGAGCACAGGGCAAGAAGGCAGGGCGAGCACGGACUUUGCUAGACCACCCCGCGGUGUGCCUUCUGCCAGUGGUCUCCGUGACCGCUAUCGCCAUCAUGAAGCUGCAGAGGGACGGUUUCUCCUUGUCGCAGAGGUGA